AGCCAGCAGUGAACAGUGAAGCAUUGGGGUUUGUGCAAACUUCCACCCGAGGGGACUAUUACCGUCAGCCUGGGUCAAGGACCGCCGCCGGCACAACAAGCAGCCAGCAGCCACAGCAAGAAACAAAACCACCCAGAGAAGAAAAAUGCCUCCCUUCGAGAAAUCUAUGGAGCUGAUGCCUUUCAAGCAAAGAAAAUGCCUUGCAACAAGAAAGCAUGAAGUGUUCAGUAUUCGCACCAAAUUCCCAAACAAGUUACCCGUGAUCGUAGAGCGUUACCUCCGUGAGAAGACCCUUCCCCUAUUGAACAAGACCAAAUUCCUGGUUCCAUUCGAGCUAACCUUGGGUCAGUUCCUCUGUCUACUCAGGAGUAAGAUUGACCUGGAGUCCACCCAGGCUCUGUACCUGUUGGUGUCGGAGAGGAGCAUGUCCUGCAUGUCGUCCAGUAUGGGGGAGGUCUACUCCCAGUACAGUGACCCGGAUGGCUUCCUUUACAUCACCUACGCCUCACAGGACAUGUUCGGAGGGGACGUGGACGCGGACGCUAGCCCUCCCUGCUGAGCCCAAACCAUGGGCUCCUUCUCAAUGCUCUGAAAGAUAUGUCCUCUCCUCACUUGCUCUCUUCCACUGCACUGAUCUGGAAGAACUGACCAGGUGAAGCCAGUCCAAGUAAGGAUGAGCUUCCACCAUAUUGUUUUCACCUGUCAAGUCUUUGACGAUGAAGUGACAGUGUACGGGAGGAAACGGGGAGAGGUUGGAUUUUCAAGCGAUUGAGAUUGAGCUAUGGACUCUGUUUUUUUCCCUUCUACCUCACAAAUGGACUGCGAAUCACUGUACUGCACCUUUGUCCUUCUCUUGGUUAGUUUCUGACCACUACCAGCUCUGCCAGAGUUGGACUGAGAUGAUUGGACUCUAUUUCAUUUAUUGAUUUAUUCAAUGAGAUUUAAGAGAUAGAAAGAAACCUCUCUAAUAACUCUUUAAUAAUUUAGUAAAAUAUCAGUAGAGAUCAUUGUCGUAACACCAGAGAGAAAUAGGUUGGAGAAGGAUGCCCUACAUUGUGGGUACUCACCCUGACACAAGUGAAAUUCCCUCCUGUUGGGAUAUUGUAUUACUUCCAGGAACCACUGAGGUCUGUUGGGUGCUCUGGGGUCCCCCCCAAGGACCUAUAUCUCUUCUGUUACUUCUUCCGCCCC